UUCCAUCAGAUACCCACAGUUCUAUGGCUAUUCCCACAUGACCCUAGAACCACUGAAAAAUUCCUACCAAUCUUUCCAGAUCACAAUUGAAUUCAAGGCAGAAGCAGAGGAUGGUUUAUUGCUGUACUGUGGGGAGAAUGAAAAUGGUAGAGGAGACUUCAUGUCACUUGCAAUCAUUAGACGCAGGGUUCACUUUAGGUUUAACUGUGGUACUGGAGCAGCUGUCAUUGUGAGUGAAAACAAGAUCAGGCUUGGCAGCUGGCACACUGUCAGCCUGUACAGGGAUGGACUGACUGGUUGGCUGCACAUGGACGCUGAUACCCCUGUUACAGGAAAGUCUCAGGGUCAAUACAGCAAAAUUACAUUUCGAACUCCCUUCUACAUUGGUGGAGCUCCAAGCACAUACUGGCUUGUAAAGGCAACAGGAGCUAAUCGAGGCUUUCGAGGAUGCAUUCAGUCUCUUACUAUCAAUGGAAGGCAGAUUGAUAUGCGGCCUUGGCCUGCAGGAAAGGCUUUAAGUGGAGCUGAUGUUGGUGAAUGCAGCACAGGAGUGUGCAACAAAGUCUUAUGUCUCCACAAUGGCAUGUGUAUAACCAGUGGUGCUGAUUCCUACAUAUGCCUGUGUCCUCUGGGAUUUAGAGGUCAACACUGUGAGGAAGCAUUUUCCAUCAGUGUACCACAUUUCAGUGAAGCAAUGAUGUCAUUUGCUGCUUUGCCUUGGCCAAUGGAAUCCAAUCACUACCUUUCGUUCAUGGAGUUUGAAGUCACAAUGCGCCCAACUUCAAAGAAUGGGGUUAUCCUUUACAGUCAUGAUACCACCAGCAAAGACUUUAUCGCAGUUGUUUUGAUGGAUGGUUAUGUAGAAUUCCGCUUUGACUGUGGUUCAGGAACAGCUAUUAUCAAGAGCGACGCACCUGUAAGUGUGAAUCACUGGCAUGACCUACGGAUUUCUCGCACUGCUAAGAACGGCAUCCUCCAAGUAGAUGACCAAAGACCUGUGGAGGGCAUGGCUGAGGGAGCUUUCACUCAGAUUAAAUGCAACACGGACAUUUUUGUUGGUGGUGUUCCAGACUAUGACAAUGUAAAGAAAAAGUCGGGAGUUGCUAAACCUUUUAGUGGAAGCAUUCAAAAGAUCAUCCUUAAUGACCGGAAAAUUGACUUCAGUCAGGACUUCAUUCUUGGGGUAAAUGUGGAGAAUGCUGUUCACCCAUGUGUGUACAAUCCAUGUGCUAAUGGAGGUAGCUGCAGGCCCAAGCGAGACAUGUAUGAGUGUGACUGCCCACUAGGUUUCGAUGGCAAACACUGCCAGAAAGCCGUUACUGAAGCUAUUGAAAUUCCACAAUUCAUUGGACGCAGCUAUCUGAUUCAUGAUAAUCCAGAAAUACUAAAGAGAGUCACAGGACCCCGCACUAAUGUGUUCCUGAGAUUCAAAAGCACAUCUAAGGAUGGGCUCUUGCUGUGGCGAGGAAGCAGCCCCAUGAGGCCUAACAAUGACUUCAUUUCUCUUGGUCUACAGGAUGGAGCUCUUGUAUUCAGCUACAACUUGGGAAGUGGAAUUGGUUCCAUUGUGGUGAAUGGGUCCUUUGAUGAUGGCAGAUGGCACAGAGUUAAGGCAGUUCGUGAUGGACCUUCUGGCAAACUAACUGUAGAUGACUUUGGAGCCAGAACUGGCAAAGCACCAGGAAACAUGCGUCAGCUGAACAUUAAUGGAGAACUCUAUUUAGGUGGAAUGAAGGAAAUAGCACUGCACACCAACAGGCUAUACAUGAAGGGUCUGAUAGGAUGUAUCUCUCAUCUGACGUUAUCAACAGAUUACCAUGUCGCAUUGGUAGAGAAUGCAGCUGAUGGCAAAAACAUAAACACUUGUGGAGCCAAGUAGCAUUUUUACUGUUGACUGAAUGGACUUUUACUUCACUUAGUUUGAAGAACCAAAACGACUGACUGCACUGUAGGCCCAUUAUGGUUCUGUCACGUAGCAGUGAUGCAGAAAAGACAAAUGUAAACACUUGUGGAAUUAAUAGUAUUUCUGCCACUGUCUGAAAGAACUUUUAUUUCACAUGGUUCAAGGUAUCAAAAUAACUGACCUGCACAUUAUGCCCAUUAAAAUUGUGAAAGGUAAAAAAGAUGAACUUUGUGAGAGAAGAUGUGGACUGUAAUGGUUAAUAUCUAUGACGCUUAUAAAACUGUUCGAUUUGACAGUUACUUAUGCAUCUGCAAAAUAGCAAUGCUGCAUAAGCAACAAGAGUGAAAAUGAACACAUAAAGCAAAAGGAUAGAAGACAGGCAUAGACAUAACUUCCAUCCAUUCUGUUAGUUGAGUGUCAUGCAUAAUUUUACUAACCACUUGAGCGCUCAUGUGGUUACAUCAUAAAAAUCAGUUACUAGAGUAGGCAAAGGUACACAUAUUAAGAUACAUGCUCCGGUAGCCUCAUAUUGGAAAAAGGAUACUGUAAUAUAAAAGAGUGAAUCAGUUUCUAGUGAUGGCAGCAAAGUCGGUGACCAUCAAAAUCCUAGAGCUGUGCAAUAUUUGCUGAAAUGUCUGAUGAAGUGAAGGGUGGAAUGGUUGUCACACUCUAAAUGUUAUCUUUGUAAACUGGUAUGCCAUGCAUGCACUCUGUCUUAAUCAGUAUAGAUAAGUAUAGAUACCACUCACACACACACACACACACACACACACACACACACACACACACACACACACACACACACUGACUGUCUCUCUCUCACUCUCUCUCUUUCUCUCACAUAUAUACACUGUCAGUCAUUAAAUUCAUUUCUUCAUGUUAAUCACUGUAGCACUGAUCACCAUUUUGUUAA